AUGGACAUCGACAACACCUCCGUCUCCAUCGACUCCGCACUCCAAACACACGAAAGAUUCCUCCUACGCACCACAUCUACCCUAGCCCUCGCGAUACUUCUCUCCAGACUACUCAGCCUAUCACACGCGUAUCGCGCUGUCAUCCUCCUCUGCGUCGCCACCUAUAUCCUGGUUUUCGCCUUGACACGUUACUCCACGAAGCUACCCUCGGAAGAAGACGAUACGCCACCGCCAGAUGUUGAUAUCACUCCCACUCUGAGCCGGAAAGGCUAUUUGACGAUGCAGACCUCGCCUACGUUUGAGAGAGUUCGGGGAGAGGGGGAGGCUACGCCCACGAAGGCUGUUGUGUGGCCGAAGAGUCAGGCGUGGAAGAAUGGGGGGAAAGUCAAGAUGGGAGCGGAGACAACGAUUCGGGGAGAGUUGAUGGGGAGUAAGGGCAAGGACGUAGGAGAGACGGUAUCGGGAAAAGGUGGUGGAUCUCAAAACUACCUCCUCGUUGAUUGUGAACUCAGCUCUAUGUUUCUCAGCAAAUGA